AUGGCGCCUCAAGCUCCUUCAAAAGAGGCAGUCCGAGCAGGCAAGACCGCUGCGCAGGAGCAGAUCCCUAACCUGGCUUUCAACCUCUUUGGGAAGGCCAUGGAAGACAAAUGCACCGAGCGAGAUAAACACCAAGUCAUUGUCGCUCGCAAUGCCUCCACCACCAGUUGGUCCGAUGUCAUCGAGAAGAACAAGGAAGACACCGCAACAGCCGAACAACCCAUCUUCCGCCCAAGCAUGGACUUCACCAUGCGUGAGCAGGAUACCAAAGCCCCCCAGGUUGGUACUGGGCAGUUCCUCGUGGUCGGCUAUGCCAAAGCGAACCUCGACAAGAAGUAUCGAUCACAAGACCCAGGAGUCACCAAACAGAUCGUGGGGGUCUUCAAACCGAAUGAGAUUCUGCCCUGGGAAGAUGACAAACAUCCCACUAGCUAUGUCGUCACUCCUAUCCUCGACUUCUCCCCCGAGCAGCUGAAGCUCUAUGUGCUCCUGAAGCCAGAUAAGGGGCUAUGCACUCCAUAUUCGCUGGCCAAAGACGAUGUCUUCUUCCGAUUUGAAUAUCGAGAUACCGAGCCCAACGUCUCGAAGAGGAGAACUUCAUGGAGAAAGAAUAUCUCACAACACUCUGUCCGAGUCGGCUUGCAGAUGAAACCCUCGGCGAAACAAGAAGCAUUCAAACGAGCAUUGAACGUCGGCAAGGUUAUCGUCGAUUCCCACGAGGACUGUGGCAACGAGAUGAAGGUGCUGAUGAUGGCCUUCAAGAAGAGUCACGACGACUGGUUGCUUCAAGAGAUGAAGAGGCUUAUGAGGAGGAUUAAUGUUGACAUCGCCUACCGGCCACUACAAUCGAAGCCGGCACUCCAAAGCUUUGUCGAUAACGACACGGUCGAUUUCACGAAUGAAUGGGCAGCUGGUGUGGUCCAAGAGGUUUCGGGACUUUGGCCCGACGUGCAAGAUAUGACUGCGGAGAGAGUAAUUAUUUUGCAGCGACUGAUGCACGAGCAGGGUGCAGAAAUCAAAAACUUCCAACUCAAAGGGCUCCUAGCUGAGGGUAUGUAUCGGCUAAAACAGCAGGCAAACAUUGAAAACAUCAUGGAUGAAGAAGGAUUCGUCAAAGAUCUGGUCUCUACCCUCGACAGAACUCUGGGAAAAGAGGCACAGCCCAAACCGACUGCGUCGAAUAUGGACGAACAGUCGCAGGACGCUCUACUUGCUGCUGUUGGGGCAAAGCUACAGUCAAUCUUGGAUUACUACUAUUCUUUCUCCGCCAAGCUGAAUUCGCAAUUCGGGGACCAUGUCUUGGAAGGUGCGGGGCCUGCUGAUUUCUGGGUCAAGUAUGCAGAGGCACCAGACACUGACUCUGCCCGGCUUGCCUUUAAUCACGUCGCGAAAUUCCUUGUCGCCGAGUUUACACACGUUCUGGGCGAAGGGGUGGUGAAACCUGUUCAUAACAUAGUGGAGAUUCUGGGGCGUCUGGACCUGUCUCCUAGUUGA